GGGCAACCGAAAUAUUGUGAGCGAUUGAGUCUGUAGAAGCUUUCGGCAAAGACAGCAUGAAGCUCAUAAUAUGGCUUGUUGUUUUCAAGUAUAUUUCAAGAUUCCUUGGUGGUGCCGAUGUCGACAGUUAUGAAAUUAAUCGUUUGGAUUUUACACCAAUCAUGGACGUAAUUAUCUUCAAAGAUAUUGCAGAUGUACUCAAUGAAUUAGAAGCCAACCCGAAUUCUAAUACAGAUGCUCAAAGUAUAAUAGAAAGUGAUAGCGAUGAAGAUGUUAAUAAUCUUCUAAUGGAAUAUCAACACUACCUGGACAAGGCUCAUAAACAACACUCUGAAUAUUUAGAGAAGGUAAACAACAAAAACAGAGUACCACUCCUUCGUCAUGAUAGAUACAGUAAGAAACAGACGCCAACUAAAAAUUAUUAUGACGGCAAUUAUCAAAGUAUGAAGCCAUUUUCAAAAUUGGUAUUACCGAGUAUGUAUCCAUUCAUACCCAAGAUUAUGAGCGGUCCAACAUUUACUGAUUCAACAGCUCAUUCAAGCCUCCAUAACGCCUUUUCAUCAGAUAAUAGAAAGAUAGACGAGCUUAAUUCUUUAAUGUAUAGAAGUAUUAAUGGAGGGGCAUCACAAUCUUGCUUUUGUAAGAGUAAUACAAUUAAAUGCAACUGUGGCUGUCCACAAUGUUUCGUAUACGAUGCUCCAUAUAAAAUUGAAACAAAACCCAAAUACAGUGAUGAAAAUAUGUAUUUGUUAAACAAGGUAUUUGAAGACCGUGGCUUACAAUAUGAUAAAAAAGAUAAUUUUAAAGUAGAAGUAAAAGUCAAUAUCAAACUUCCUAAGGUAUUUGAGCUUUUUGAAAAUUUAAUGCAUAAUAAAUCUCUGUACAAAAACAAUAACAUCAAAGAUUCUUUGUACAUGAUGCCACAGUAUUCUAUGAUGUCGAACCCGAUGCAUUUGUUCGGGUACAAAUCUCUCUCGGAGAUACAAGACUCUUAUCCAAUACAAAAGAAAAAGAAAAAUCGUGUAAAUACCAAUAAAAAACACAGGAAGAAGUCAAGUUACAAUUUAUAUAAUGUUGAUAAUAAUAAUAACUUGACUAUUACUACCUUAAAUAGUACAGAUAUUAGAACUGAUUUACUUGGUAAUGAAACAUCUGCUGCUAAGAGUUUCCUAAAGGAAAAUGUACCUAUACAAAGCAAUUUUUCCGAAAUUGUUUUUACAUCUCAAAGUUUUACAACCUCCCGCACUUUGAAAGUUGAUAAUAAAACAAAUGAUAUGAUUUAUUUAACAUUAAAUAUUACGAAUAUACAUGGAAACAAAACCGACGGUGAAAAGUUAGAAAAUAGUAUAGAAACAGACCUCGAUAAAAUUAAGGAUAAAUCCAUCUCAGCAAGAGUAACACGUGAAGUGAAAUUGAUUAAUAAUUCACAUAUUCAUAUUGACGACAAAGAGUAUCAAACCACAACAUUAAAUAAAACCAUAAAAGAGAAAUUCAUCAAAAAUUUUAUAGAUCCUGAUCUACUUUUCUGGCCUAACACAGAAUUGAACGAAACUAAAAAUACUAUUGGAAAUAUAAACACAUUAAUACUCAAUACAGAAAAGAGAAAAACUAAAUUUAAUAUGAGCCAAGAUAGUAUACGUAACAACCACGUUGUAGCGUUAGAAAAGGCAAUAUUUGGUGAAGUUAAUUGGGACGAUAUGGAUACUAUAGCCCCCGUAUUCAUGUCUUUUGUUGGUAAAUAUGUAAGAGGAAUGUUAACGUUUUGUUCAGAAAAGAAAUGUCACUCUAUGAAAUGUGCAGACAAAUCAUGCGUUCACAGAAUUUGUCAUCCUGAACAUCGUUUUAAUAAUAGGGGUCACUGUUUGGGAUCUAACAGAACAGAUAGUACAGCAACUAUGGGAUCAAUUGUAGAUUUACCUUCAAAUUUGGCAUUUGAAAUUGUGGAUAUUCUGCAAGACAAAUUACCCGAAAAACUAUUUGGAAAAAUGACAAUUUGCAUUGGUCCAAAGUGUAUAACAUUCAUUGCCGCAAAGAAAACAUUUUUUAAGUCAAAGUGUACCUCUAAAGAAUUGUCUGCCAUAAGUCACUGCCCAUUUAGUAAAAUGCACUGACUAACAUACCUAUUAUAUGAAUGUUUAAGAAAUGCUUCAAACGUUUCAUAGAGCUGCAGCAUAGUGUUUAUAAACAAUAAAAACUUAUAUUUUAUCGUGAUAAGGGAGUUGAUAUAGGCUAUUGUGCUUUACAGUUUAUCGCUUUAAAUUAUUAACAUCAGUAUUGUAUUAGGCGUAAUGAAUAUAAAUAUCGGUCGUUGUACAAUUGUGAGCUCCUUUAUUGUCUUAUUAUAUCAUUAUUCGCAUGCGCAGGUGAACGAAGUGUUUGUUAAUUAAUUAUUAAUAAUAUCAUUUAAAGAGUUAAGUUUAAUAUAUAGUUAAUAAUAAAGUGGUUUGAAAAUCU